UCCUCUGGUUGAAUAUCGCUGAGCGUUGUAAUUGAGGUGUUGCGUUUUUGUCGGUGGUGACAUAUUUUCAUGAAAGGGCUUCAAGUCAGUGAAAUAUUUGCUCUUUCUGCAUAGUGUGUUAAUUUGUUAGUUUAUAACGUGCUUUUCUCAAUUUGCUGUGCUUUGCGAUGCACGGGUACAACUUCUUUCUGUCCACCGCCCUGACGAUACUGUUCUCCGGACCAGCUCAAGGAUACUUCCCCGAAGAGCGCUGGAGCCCCGAAUCUCCACUUCUUGCCCCGCGGGUCCUCAUUGCCCUCGUCUGCCGCAACUCUGAACAUUCUCUGCCUUAUUUCCUUGGAAAUAUCGAACGUCUGAAUUUUCCCAAGGACCGCGUGGCAAUUUGGGUUGCGACGGAUCACAAUGUGGACAACACUACAGCCAUCCUGCGUGACUGGCUCGUCAAGGUCCAAAAACUGUACCACUAUGUGGAGUGGAGGCCGCAGGAGGAGCCCACAGAGUACCAGGAUGCAGACAGCCCGAAGCAGUGGACCAACCUCCGCUAUGCACACGUGAUGAAGCUACGGCAGGCAGCACUGGACUCCGCAAGAGACAUGUGGGCAGACUACUUCAUGGUAGCGGACUGUGAUAACCUAUUGACCAAUCCUAAUGUACUGUGGAAGCUCAUCAAGGAGAAGAAGACGAUCGUAGCGCCCAUGUUAGAGUCCCGUGCAGCUUACUCCAACUUCUGGUGUGGCAUGACCUCCCAGGGUUACUAUAAGCGUACCCCGGCAUACAUCCCUAUGAGAAAGCAGGUGCGUAAAGGAUGCUUCGCGGUUCCCAUGGUGCACUCCACCUUCCUGAUUGACUUGAGGAAGGAGGCGUCACGCCAGCUGGCCUUCCACCCCCCUCACCCAGACUAUAGCUGGGCCUUCGAUGACAUCAUUGUCUUCGCCUUCUCAGCUCGCAUGGCAGAUGUGCAGAUGUUCCUAUGUAACAGAGAGACUUAUGGGUAUUUCCCCGUGCCACUGCGAGCCCACAACUCCCUGACAGACGAAGCAGACAGCUUCCUACAUUCCUUGUUGGAGGUCAAUGUGCGGAACCCUCAUGUGCUGCCCUCGGAGUACAUCCCGGCCCCCAUAAAGAUACAAGAUAAACUGGGCUUUGAUGAGGUGUUCAUGAUCAACCUAAAGAAACGGACCGACCGGCGGGAUCGCAUGCUGAGGACUCUGUACGAGCAAGAGAUUGCCUGCAAGGUCAUUCAAGCGGUAGACGGCAAAGCGAUGAACAUCAGUGAGAUCAAUGCCCUGGGGAUCCACAUGCUACCAGGCUACAGUGAUCCGUAUCACGGCAGGCCCCUCACUAAGGGAGAGCUGGGCUGCUUCCUCUCACACUACAACAUCUGGAAAGAGAUCGCAGAGCGGGGUCUAAAGAGUUCCCUGGUGAUCGAGGACGAUCUGCGUUUCGAGGUCUUCUUCAAGCGACGCCUGAUGAACCUGAUGAGUGAAGUGGAAAGCCAGGGUCUAGACUGGGACCUGAUUUAUAUCGGCAGGAAGAGGAUGCAGGUGGACCGCCCUGAGAAGUCUGUGCCCAAUAUACACAACCUGGUGGAGGCCGACUACUCCUAUUGGACGCUGGGCUAUAUGAUGUCAUUACAAGGAGCCCAGAAGCUGCUGAGGGCAGAGCCGUUGAAGAGGAUAUUACCCGUAGAUGAGUUCCUCCCUGUCAUGUUCAAUAAGCACCCUGUCUCGGACUACAUGGAGCAGUUUGAGGUGCGAGACCUGAAGGCCUUCUCGGCCGAGCCUCUGCUAGUAUUCCCCACUCACUACACAGGAGACGCGGGCUACAUCAGCGACACAGAGACCUCCGUGGUGUGGGACAACGAGAAGGUCCGUACGGACUGGGACCGGGCCCGCUCGGGGAAGACCCAGGAGCAGGCGGAGAUCAGCAGCGAGGCCCAGAACUCUGAUGUACUCCAGUCACCUCUGGACAGCACAGCCACACGGGACGAACUAUGAGAGGGGAAUGGGUGGAGAGGAAGGGGAUGGGAUUGACGAUGGAGGGUUGAUGGAGAGAAAUGCUGAAGAUUCUGAACCACCAUGGUUUUUUUUUUUUACGUUUUUUUUUACGCCCCCUUUCUUUGCAUCCUUGCAGCAACAGGAUGUAUAGUACAUGGGCUCCUGUUUGUUUUAUUUUUUUAACCAAAGAGGACAAGUUGAAAACAGGGAUCGGUUGCGUUAUUUUUUUCUUCCAUUUACUUUUUCAUUUCAGAAAUAUGUUGGACUCACCUUUAUUUUGCUGCAUUUACUAGACCUAAAUACAGGGUGGGAUCUGUAUGUCAACAGUGAUCUGGUUGGCCUGUCUAUUACAUUUCAGUGAAGUGAUUGGCCUGUGAACUGGGACUUUGUUUCUGAUUGGUCACUACCAUACCUCAAGUGCCUUAUAGCCUAGUUCAUCAUGCCAAAUCUCACAACUGACCCGAGUAGACCUCGACUCCUAGAAUAAAUACAUCAUUUAUUAAUUGUUAAUUAAUUAACAUGUGUGCAUGUACUAUAACCGUGUACUGUAAAAGUCUUUCUGAAAGCACUGGGAAAGACGAGCAUCUUGCAUGAUUUUGGAUAUGGCUUUAAGAUGACCUUUUUCAUUUGUUAAUUUUCAAACUAUAGGUAGACCUAACAUAUUUUGCAUCCAUUAGAGAUUUAUGCUUGAAAGUUGUGUGUGCUGCUUCGCAAACGAGUCCCAUAGUUUUACGAAAACCUCACCAAUGAGCUCAAAGUCCUAUGCUAUGACAUAUGAGAUUAAUACCAAAACAGUUGUAAUUAAAAAAGCAACAGCUCCCAAA